UUUUCUUUUUUCCUCUCUUUCUCUCUCGCUCUCGCGCUCUCUCUCUCUCUCUCUGUUGCGAUUGAAUCUAGAUUCAUGAGGAUGCAUGAGAGGCGAUUUGAAUUUGGAUUCCACUCAAUCAGAAGUUUUUCUUUUUUCCUCUCUCUCUCCGUCGAUUGAAUCGACGAUGCCUCGUCUCCGAGAGGAUCUAUGAGAGGCGAUUUGAAUUUGGAUCCCACUCAAUCAGAAGAGAUUGAAGCAAUUUGAAUCAUAUGGUGAAACGAUUACUUAUGGUAACUCUAUGGUUCCUGAUCAUGGUUGGGUUGAUACUUUGAAGAACCAUAAAUGGGAUUUGGGUAUUGUCAAAGAAGAAGCUUGCAAGUUUUCUGAGUUGAAGCUUCAGGCUGAAACUGAGCAGAGGCCACACAAGGUUAGCUUUUAUGUUGAUAAGAGUAAGGCUCAGGAAGUUACUAAGGAGUUAUCACGACGGUUUGAGAAACGUGGGUUGGAUGUCAAAAUCAUUUACAGUGGAGGUAUGGAUUUGGAUAUUUUACCACAAGGUGCUGGAAAGGGACAAGCGCUUGCGUAUCUGCUUAAGAAGCUGAAGACUGAAGGAAAGCUCUCUGUUAAUACUCUUGCUUGUGGCGACUCAAGAAACGAUGCUGAACUGUUUAGCAUUCCUGAUGUUUAUGGCGUCAUGGUAAGCAAUGCUCAAGAAGAGCUGUUGAAGUGGCAUGCUGAAAAUGCAAAAGACAACCCAAAAGUGAUCCAUGCAAAGGAGAGGUGUGCAAGUGGGAUUAUAGAAGCCAUUGGUCACUUCAAGCUUGGUCCAAACCUUUCUCCAAGGGAUGUCUCUGACUUCUUAGAGUGCAAGACGGAGAAUGUGAACCUCGGUCACGAGGUUGUGAAGUUCUUUUUGUUCUAUGAGAGAUGGAGACGGGGUGAGGUUGAGAACUGUGAGGCGUACACUGCUAGCCUCAAAGCUUCAUGUGUAAGUAUUGUAACAUAGUACAAAAUGAUAUGUUUCAGUGGCAUAAUAAUAUAUCUGACUCUUGUUGUAAUAUGUAUUAAUGUUUUAUUAUGUUUUGUAUGUUUGAAAAUUAAUAAAAAUGAAAUAUUUUUUUUAUU